AUGUCGUUCGGAUCGUCCAGUCUGCUGCGUGGCGACUCGUCGAGCGACGCGCUGACGUAUCACCGCCCGCCACGAGGAGGCAUGCGAAAAGAGACCCGGCAGCGGCGAGUGGUGGAGUGCAAGGUGAAGCGGCGGAAGGAGCCACGGCUGGAUGCGGUGAUAGAGAGGAACAAGAAGUUCCGCAUCGUGCAGCGCAUUCAGGAGCUGCUGGGGAAGCAGAAGGGCGGGCGCAUGAGUCUCAAGGAGCUGGGGAAGCAUCGGAACAAGAUUGGGCUGUCUGGGGGACGGAGAUGUGUGUCUCUCAUUCGCAGGUUCCCAUCCAUAUUCCGAGUGUACGAUAAGGGUGCGGGCAACAUCUGGUUCGAGUUGACUCCAGAGGCAGCGAGGAGGGAUGCGAGGGAGAGGGAGCUGAGAGCCAUCAUGGAACCCAUUCUCGUCGAUAAGCUCUGCAAGCUGCUGAUGAUGUCAGCAACGCAGUCCCUCAGUGUGGAGAGCGUUGGGCACGUGCGCAGAGAACUGGGCCUUCCAGAGGACUUCAAAACGUCCUUUCUGCCGCGCUUCUCCGAUCGCUUCAGAGUGGCCACCCCUCCAGCAGCCCCUCCGGGUACCCCUACUGCUGCUGGGGGGCCGGUGCUGGUGCUGCAGCAGUGGGACGAUCGCCUGGCGCUGUCCGUGGCAGAGGCGAACGAAGCAGCAGCGGAGGCUCGGGAAGAGGCUCGGGAAGAGGCUUGGGAAGCGGCUCGGAAAGAGGCUCGGAAAGAGGCUCGGGGAGAGGGUGGUGAGGCUGGGGAGGGGGAGAGUGGGGAGGAGAGGAGGAAGGAGGAGGAGGAGAAGGAGGAGGAGGAGGAGGAGGAAGAGGGGGAGUGGGAGGAGGAGAAGGAAGAAGAGAAGGAAGAGAAGGAGAAGGGUGAGGAGGAGGGAGAGGCCAAGAAAGGGAAAGAGGAGGAGGAAGAGAAGGAGGAGGAGAAGGAGACGGAGGGAGAGGGGAAAGAGGGUAGGGAGGGAUUCGAGAUGUCUGGCGUGGGUAGCAGUAAAGGUGAGGGGGGCGGGCAUGAGGGGCAGGGGGCAGGAUGGGGAGAGGCGUGGGAUGAGGGAUGGGAAGAGGGAUGGGGAGAAGGAGGGGGAGAAGGAGGGGAAGGAGGAGGGGAAGGAGGAGGGGACGGAGGAGGGGGAGGGGGAGGAGAAGGGCAACACAAGCAGAACGAGCGCAAGGAGAGCAAUCACAAGUCACAGGCGGGGAAACAGGCAAACUGGAACCAAAGGGGGGGGGGAGGAGAGAGAUGGGACGAGGAGCAAUGGGAAGAGGAGGAGCAAGAGGAGCAAGGGACAGAAGAAACACAAGGAACGGCAUCAUCCAGAAAGCCUCAUCUUGGUCCUGUUUUGGCCUGCGACCCAGCGGCGCCAUCAGACUCCCCUUUUGAGGCGCCUCAAAAGCCAUCUCGGGCCUGCGACCCGGCGGCGCCAUCAGAUUCCCUCCAACAGAGAGUGGGUGGGUGGAUGGCUGCACCAUCAGAUUCCCCCCAACAAACCCUAGCCACCCAAGCUGCUCAAGUCCCACCAGUCUCUCCAGGCAUGCAGCUCCCUCCCCCCAAGCCCUCCUUGACGCCGGAGCAGCUGGCAGAGGCAGCCAUCGGGUUGGGGCGGCACAAGGCAGAGACCAGCCGCAUGGCCUAUAUCACCGGGAAAACCAGUGCGGACCAGGACGGGACUACUUUUGAGACGUCUCAAAAGUCGAUCGGGUUGGGGCGGCACAAAGCAGAGACCAGCCGCAUGGCCUAUAUCACCGGGAAAACCAGUGCUGAGCAGGAAGGGACUAGCAGUGGUGUUGCCAGUGGUGCCGGUACUGCUGGCAGCAGCAGCAGCAGCAGCAGCAGCAGUCGGGAGCAGCGGUACAAGAAAGCCGUUCGGCUGAGCUUGAAACUCAACCUACCCCCCGGUCUGAAGCUGAAGCAAUCUGACCUGCUCCGGCUACAGAGGUUCCAUUCCUCCCCCCAAAUAUCCCCCUAUGCAAACCCGCUCGAGCUGGGGAUAUCGCCGGAAUCAAUGGAAGCCGAGAGGCGGGCAGUUGCCGUGAUUCGGGAGUUUCUUUCGCUGACCGUGGAAAAGCGGUGCCUGAUCGACCAGCUGACGCACUUUCGGAAAGAUUUUCUGCUGCCCGCGAGGAUAUAUGCGCUGCUGCUGCGGCACCCGGAGGUUUUUUAUGUUUCGGUGAAAGGGGUGCGGGAUUCGGUGUUUCUGCGGGAGGCUUAUGAAGGGGAGGUGCUUAUAAUGAGUGAUGAGCUGGCGGAUGCUAUAGAGGAGAUGAGAGUUCUUAUGGAGGAUGGAAGGAGGAGGAUGAGGAGGGGAGAAGUGGGGAGAGGGGAGAGGGAAGGGAAUGGGAGGGGAGGGAGUGAUGAGGAGAGUGAGUGGGAGAGCGAGGAUGAGGAGGAAUGGGGAGAGGAAGAUGAGGAGGAAGAGGAAGAGGAGGAGGAGGAAGAGGGGUGGGAAAGGGAGGAGGGUCGGAACAGUAGGGUUGUGCCGGGGGUUUGGAAACGGGCAAAUGGGCAAGCAGUGGGGAGUGGGGGUAGAGUUAAAUCUAAUGCUAUGAGUGUGGAAGUGGGGAGAAAGGGAGGGAAGAGAGGAUGGGAGAGAGGAGGGGAAAGAGGAGUGGAAAGAGGAGUGGGGAGAGGCGUGGGGAGAGGAGAGACUAGAGGAGUGCGGAAAGGGGAGAAUGAGGGAGAGAGGAAGUGGGUGGGGGUGGACAGGUGGGGGAGGGAGAGUGGGAGAGUGGAUGGGGCUGGGUGGGUGCCUGUCGGGAGUGCAGUUGGGGAAGAGAGUGAGGGUGAUAAGAGAACGGGCCGAGAGAAGGAGAGAGGGGAAGAGGAGGAAAAGGAGGGAAGAGGGGGAGAUGAGGAAGAGGAGGGAGAGGGGGGAGAGGAUGGAGAGAGGGGGGGUAAAGCUCGUGCAGCAGGAAUGAGGGGAAGGGGAGAUGAGGUGAGGAGGGAGAGGGAAAGAGUGGGGGUGAUAGGGGCAAAGGAGAAGGGGAGAGGAAAGGAGUCACGGAGGAGCAAGGGCAUACACAGGCAGGGGUUGAUUAAAGACAGGUGGUGA